AUGCUCCCGUGGCUCUGGAUCGUCCCUUUCCUGGCCCAGUACUCUCUCGCUGGAUGUCCUGCCGUGCCUCUUCCGCAACCUGAUAUCUGGCCCGAUGGCAAAUUCUUCUACCCAAAUGGGGCGCCCCGGUGUUUCUCACAAGGCUCCGUCAUGAAUAUCAGUUGGGAAACCAAGUACAAGACCACCAAUCUGUAUCUAGUCCACGGCGACAACUACGACGAUCCAGUUGCCCUGUCAUUGAACACAGCAUCUACAUGGCACGAAUGGAGAGUCGGGUACCCCACUCGAGACGACUCUAAACCGUUUGUUUUCCGACUGGUCAACGCACAGGGUUCGAGUGAAGACCAGGCAGUUGGAGGCAUCUGGAGCGCCCGAUUCUGGAUCGGUUGGAAUCAAGAGGCGUCCUCCAGCUCCACUCUUACCCCUACUCCUACAUCCACACCCACACCCUCACCCACGGAAUUUGGCGCUGUGACGACCAGACCAUAUACGAAUACUAGUGCUGCCACUCCCUCCGCCUCGCCGUCGAAUGCCCCAGAACCAAACAGCGGACUCUCCUCGCAUGAUAAAGCCCUCGCCAUAGGGAUUGGCGUUGGGGUAGGAGUGCCUUUCUGCGGUGCUGCUAUUGGAGCUUUGCUCUUCCUGAAAAGACGAAGAAAUCGGCGUCUGUCCAUCGAGCAUGGCGGGCCCUGCGCAGCACCUGCUUCUGAGAAAAGCUGCACCAAUUUGGCUGUGCCAGAGGUUAUGUGUCUCGAUGGUACGCCGGUGUAUGAACUGUCCGGCGAAAGUAGCAUAAAGGAGGCAGACAGUAGUCAUGUUCGAUAUGAGCUUGCUUGA